AUGAAUAUUUUUCUAAUCAGCUCCAUUUAUCUCGCAUUAGAGCCAAGUUCAGCCCCCCGGGGGGGGGGGGACUCCGCAUAUGAAAGGGGUGGGGAUGCUUGUAAGAAAUUUUGAAUUAAACCCCUAAAGGAGACCGAUCUGGGCGGGGCCCAAGCUUUUUUUGACCCCUAAAAGAGACCAUGUUAAAGCACAGACAACAUAUAUAUUUUUAUAUUUUUUGGCGUGCAACCCUAAACGAAAACUUCACGGCUAAAUAUGAUGGCGUUCUGCCCAGAACACCUUAAGUGAGACAAAAAUCCGAGAUUUACACCCAUAAGCGAGACGACGAGCAUCCCCACCACUUUCAUAUGCGGAGUCGCCCCCCCGGGGUUCAGCCACAAGGUAGUAUGCGGGUUAGUCUCUGGUAGUGCAGUUUGUUCUUUUAAGCUGAAUAAGUAUGGAAACGCUCCUGCAUUAUAAAAGUUUGUGAUUUGCAGUAUCUGUAUGCAAUUUUAGCCUUAUACAUGCUUGAGAUAUUUAAGUUUUUUAUGUAUUAUUAUAUUGUUCCCAUGCAAGAUUGUCAUGUCCGAACACGCAUUCACGCUGGGUGAGCUUAAGCUUACUACAUUUAAUUAUAUCAGACCAAUGUACAAAAUUCCGUCUUUAGAGUAUGAGCGAAAACGUUUCCUUUUUAUCCCUCCUUCUGUUGGCAAUUUUUCUUUAGAGAGGAAGUCAUUCUGCAUUCUCUAAUAUCUUGCUUCCUUAGGUGUCGCGAAUCCUCUAUCUAUACACUUGAUGUCAUUUCUGAAUUUCUCACCUGCUCAAUAUGUAUAGCAAAAAUGUUUUUGCUUUUCAGUAUAGCCAGAAAUCUCUCGCUCCUUCUCUCUUCUGAUCGUACCCAAACCUAGAAAAUAAAAGGUUAAGUAAAUCAGUUUUGAUGAUUUAGUCCUGCAUCUGAUUUGCAGAGGUAAACGAGUGUAUAACAGGAGAGCACAACUGUGAUGCCAAUGCAGACUGCAAUGACACUGAAGGAUCUUUCGAGUGCACUUGCAAGCCAGGGUAUUCGGGGAACGGAGUUAACUGUACAGGUGAUUAUAUUUCAGUAAAGACCUGGAUCGUCUUAAUGUUAAGGCUUUUAAUUCAGUAUUAUAUUGUCUCGAGUUCACGCGUUUGA